AUGGAGCGGUUGGAACGCAUGGUGUCUGGGUUGGCGACAGUUCGGCCACAACCCCCUAUGCCCGGUCUUCUCGGUCCAAUUCCCAACCCCCCACGGCCAACCGUAACGACGCCGGACUUGCAAGCUAGCAAUCACCGUCCCUUCACCAUAAGACUUGAGUUGCCGAAAUUUGACGGCAAUGACCCAUGUGGUUGGAUAUUUCGUGUCACGGAGUUCUUUGAUUACCAUGAGAUUCCCGAUGCUCAGCGCGUGCGUAUAUCUGCAUUCACCAUGGAAGGAAAGGCGUCAGAAUGGUAUCAAUGGAUGAAACGUAAUAACCUGUUCACCACAUGGACAGAGUUUUUACGGCAAGUUGAACUACGCUUUGGAGCAUCUGGACUCGAAGACUACCAAGGCAAGCUAUCUAAACUGGUACAGCUAACAUCAGUGGCAGAAUACCAGUCCGAAUUCGAGAGUCUCCUGAACAGAGUUUCUGGCAUAUCGGAAUCUAUUUUAAUUUCUAGGUUUGUUGUUGGACUGAAAUCGCAUAUCCGACGAGAGGUUCAGCGUGCACGUCCUGCCUCUUUAAUGACAACUUUUUCCUUAGCAAGGGACCUCGAAUCCCAUUAUGAAGAUCUUCAGGUCGAGCUUUCACGAGAUCGACGUUUUUCUUCCCGUUGGCAAGCAAAGGGACCUACGCCCAAUCAACCGGUGACACCCUCAUCCGUUGCCGCAUCUCCUGCCCCAGGACCACCGCAACGAUCGUUGACCUUACCUCCUGCGACGACCUUGAACCAACCUAGAGAGGUCUGUGCUUCACUACCUAUUCGGCGACUGACACCGCAAGAAAUUCGGGAGAAGCGAGCAAAAGGACUAUGUUAUAAUUGUGACCAACGGUAUACUGCCAAUCAUCGUUGCCAAAGUAAAUUCUUGUUACUCUUGGGCACAGACGACAAUGACGAUUUAGGGGAUGUCGCCACAGUGAAUGCUGAGGAUGCAACCCCUCCUGAUGAUUUAGCUCUCUUGGGGGAUAUUUCGAGCUUAAAUUCCAUGGCAGGCCCGGGCAACCCGCGUUCCUUGCGGUUAUGGGGAGUAGUGGGUGAGACACAGGUCCAAAUCCUCAUCGAUGGAGGUAGCACCCACAAUUUCAUUCAACCCAAUAUGGCAGAAAAACUGAAUUUGGCUACAACAUCAGUGUCACCUUUUCGGGUGUAUGUCGGUAAUGGUGACUCAUUGGCAUGCAAUUACUGUUGUAAAAAUACCAUGUUAGUUAUGCAAGGGUCAGAAUUCUCGGUUGAUUUGUAUGUCUUGCCGAUUCAUGGCCCCGAGGUAGUGCUUGGCGUACAAUGGUUACAACAACUCGGUAAGGUGGCGCAUGAUUAUGCCAACUUAACAAUGGAAUUCAAAUGGCACGGUCGCGAUGUGACGUUAACUGGGAUUCAAUCCUUAUCCCCUCGACAGGUAUCUUUUACACAACUGCAGGCACUGAUGGAUACGGACGACGCGGUUGAACUAUAUGAGCUUUACAUGUUACCUACACAGGACGCCACAACUCCAGAUGAGGAACCCAUCAAAUUUCCUGAUCACUUAAAUCCAGAAAUUUUACAGCUCCUGCGUUCCUAUGAGCAUCUGUUUCAAGUUCCUAAAGGGCUACCGCCCCAGCGGUUCCUUAAUCACCGCAUUAGUAUCUUACCGGGCACGAAACCAGUCAAUGUACGACCAUAUCGUUAUCCCCAUUUUCAAAAGGGGGAAAUUGAGAAACAAGUUAAGGAGAUGUUGGAACAAGGCAUUAUACAACACAGUCAGAGCCCAUUUUCUUCACCAGUUCUACUUGUCAAAAAGAAAGAUGGACCUUAUCGAUUUUGUGUGGAUUAUAGGGCUUUAAAUGCAGUCACAGUUCGCGAUAAUUUUCCUAUACCAACUGCUGAUGAACUAUUCGAUGAACUGGGAAAAGCACGGGUAUUCUCUAAACUUGACCUCCGAGCAGGUUAUCAUCAGAUUCGGGUCCAUGCCGCCGAUGCUUACAAAACUGCUUUUCGCACGCAUGAAGGCCACUAUGAAUUCUUAGUCAUGCCCUUCGGGUUGACGAAUGCUCCAUCAACUUUUCAAGCGACAAUGAACAGAAUAUUCUCCCCUUUCUUGCGUUGCUUUGUCAUCAUUUUCUUUGAUGAUAUUCUGAUUUACAGUGCCAAUUAG